UUGCUGUCUUUCUUUCUGAUGUUUGUAUCCCUGGGUCGCCACCGCUGUCAUGGCAGGAGAGAGGUAAAGGCACCGGAGCUGACAGCAGUGCAGAGGAAUGGCAAGCGCUGUGGUCGCAAGAUCUCUAAUAACCUGUGCAUGUCCCCAUCAGAUCCUUGCUCCACCAUCCUGACCACGGUGUAUGCAUGGAAGAGGGAGAGAACUGGUGCUCUCAAAUCAACAGGCUGCAGACCCUGCUGGAUAAACUGGAGUGCAGGGUCCCAAGCUGGAGCCGCUGAUGAGGACACACUGGCCAGCACGUACAAGUCUAACAUCCUUCUUGUUCAGAGGCAGAUGUCGGUGACCAAUGAAGAUCUUGACAACUUCCAAAAAGUACUGAAGAGCUACACUGACGCCACCGCAGCCCACUCUGACAACCUGCAUGUGUCCGUUCAGAAGCUCCCGGGAAAGUUGAGUUACAUAAUGUAUGAGUUCUGGCAAGACCGCAUCUCCUGGAUGAGCUACCUGCAGUCCAACAGCAGUAAAGACUUUCAGCGCUGUGUCAUUGACAUGCUGGAGGAUGCUGAAGUAGUUUCUACCAUGUUGCUCCCAGCUUCCUGGUGGAUUAUGACUAACAACUAGCAAGUGAAUCCAGAAUGUCACAUCUCCUGCCUACACUGUCACACGGACAAAGACACACUGGUGUAUCAAACCUCUCACCCACACAUGCAACACGCAAACACACACACACAUACACACAUACACACACACACACAGACAAACACACACGCACACAGACGAAUUAAAAGGCAUCCAUGUGUUUGAAAGCAACAGGAGACAGAGACAAUGCCGUCAUACAGCGUUCUCCAGCAGCAUCUUUUAAUGUUCCUCUGUCUACGACAGCUUAUUAUUGUGCCGCUUAUAUCAAAAGGGAUAGUUGCACCCUAUAGCCGAUACUGACUUGAAAGUGACUGAUUCUCUGCAAUGCAAAAGCCUGUCUCUUACCCGGCCUCCUCUCUCCUGCAGUGUUUGUCCUUUUAUUAUGCCAGUGGAGAACAAUCAAAAAGAACCUAGUAUAGGCUACUAGAGCACAUCCAAUCGAGAUGAAAAUUACCAUGCCAGUAGUGUCAUUGUGCUUUUGAUGAGUUAUUUACUGUUUGAAUACAAUUACAGUAGGAAGAAUCAGCAGAGAGGAUGAAGAGAUGAAGGUUUCCGCAGCCUAAACAUGCAUGCUGAUGACUGUGGCCAACAGCUUUCAGUAAUAGUUCCUUUAACCCUGGCUGCACGUGCUGUAUGAUACUGUAGCACUGUUAUUCUUUCAUUAGCUACUGUCAUGUGCACAGAAGGUAAAAAAAAAAAGAAAGCUAUUGAUAAAAAAGCUACACCUGCCCUGACAUCUGCAGUAUAGACUAGUGGUCAGUUUAUAUUAGUUACAUCUCCUCUGAGACACACUCUUUGUCUCAAAAAGUGGGGGUAUUAAAAGGGAUUAACACUUUGUGAGAUUUCAUUGCAUCACUAAGUUAUAAUGACAGUAUAUAAUGUAUUUAUUUUGGUUAUGGUAGAGUAUUCCAUCUGUACAUAUGGAACACGGAUAUAUUCAUAUUUCUGUUGUGUCUUGGUUUCGUAAUGUAGCCUGUACCCCACCAAUUGUAAACAAACUAAAAAGCAACUGUAAUAAAAUCAUUAAAGCUACUAAUUGUUUUGACAGGUGAAAAA